UGGUAGCUUAUAAACAGUUUGACAAGUAUCCAACCAAAACAAGAAACUGUGUGUGAAACUGCAAAAAAAAGCUUUUCCAAUGGAUUUCAAUCUGAAGCAUUGGAGAGAGGAGUCAGAAGAAGAUGAGCAUCAAACAUCAACUAAUAAGCUACCAAGACUGGACUCAUCAUCUCCUGCACCUGCACCUGCGCUUCCCUUGUUUGUACCUCAAUCUCAACCUCAAUCCAACCACUACUCCACCUCUGCCACCAAGCAUCCCAGUAACAGAAUGGGAAUGGGUGGUGGGAGCUACUUCAGUUGGGCGCAGUGGCAGGAGCUUGAGCUUCAGGCUCUCAUAUUCAGGCACAUAAUGGGCGGCGGAGGCGUUCCGGCGGAGCUCCUGCAUCUUGUCAGGAAGAGCCUUGUCUCCUCUCCUCUCCAUUAUUACCAUCCUUCUUCUUCUUUGGCAGUGGGGUAUUGGGGCAAAGGAGGCAUGGAUCCUGAGCCGGGGAGGUGCCGCCGGACCGACGGCAAGAAAUGGCGUUGCUCGAGGGACGCCGUCGCCUCCCAGAAAUACUGCCACCGCCACAUGCACCGCGGCAAGAACCGUUCAAGAAAGCCUGUGGAAAUUCCCACUCCUUUCACCCUCUCCCUCCCAGGGCCCGAGACUCAGCCCGCCGGAGAUCCAACGCUCCGGCAUUUCUUCGACGAUUGGCCUACAUCACUUGACGACCACGCCCCUCGCUCCGCUACUAACCUGUCCAUCUCCUUAAAGCUUGGGAGCGAUGGGGGCUCUACGCCUCAAAUCAAUUGGGAUGGGCCACUGGCUGAGGCGUUGAGCUCGUCCGCAUCACCGAUGACCACUCUGCAUAGCUUGCACACCACCUCUGCCUCCCACGCUAGUUUUCUUACCUCCUAACUUUUCAAACUUGCUCUGUUUUCCUUUCUACACAUGUUCUGUUUUCCCUUCUUUCUCAUAAUGUCAUACGCUAUCUUCUGUAAUGUACAAUGUGAGCUCUGAGUUUAUCAACAUUAGUAUCA